AUGCCGUUCAAACCGCCGCCAUGGGUACCUGAACUUCAAAUUGACCCUCCGGACACGAUCUCUAUUGCGGACUUCAUGCUGGAUGAGAAAUACGGACGUCGUGCUUUCACCGAAUCUAGGGCGCCUUUUAUCUGCGGCAUCUCGGGCAAAGCGCCUUCUGCAUUUGCCGUGAAAGAACAAGUGGAACUUCUCGCACGAGGUCUUGCAAAAGAGCUUGGAUGGCAGCCAAACGAAGGGAAAGAAUUCGAUAAAGUCGCUGGCAUUUUCAGCCUGAAUACGAUCGACUACCUUCCAUUGACUUGGGCAGUCCAUCGCCUCGGAGGUAUCGUUACCCCUGCAAACGCUCAAUACUCAAGCUCCGAUCUUGCACAUCAACUUAAAGACUCCGGUUCGAGGUGCUUGUUCACAUGCUGGCCACUUCUGCAAACUGCCAUCAAAGCCGCAAAAGAUGCAGGCAAACAAGAGCCAAGCAUUGACGCUCUGAGAUGGAACAAGGGUGAGGGUAAGAGGCGAGCUGCUUUUAUCUGCUACUCGAGCGGAACUUCGGGUCUCCCGAAAGGGGUCAUCAUCUCGCACCACAACGUUAUCACGAAUACGAUGCAAGUUUGCACGUUUGAAAAUCCAUCUCGCGAACGGUCCAGUGAAAGGCUAGCCCAGAAGCCAUACAUGGAAAAUGUACUGGGUCUGCUCCCUCUAAGUCAUAUCUACGGCUUGGUCAUGAUUGCGCAUUGCAGUGUGUGGAGAGGAGACGGAGUUGUGAUUUUGCCAAAGUUUGAGUUCAAAGAGUGUCUCCAGGCAAUCCAGGACCACGCAAUCAACACCUUGUUUCUAGUUCCGCCUAUUGUCAUCCUCAUGACGAAGAGGCAGGAUCUUCUGCGACAGUACGACCUCAGCUCUGUCCAUACGAUUUUCACUGGUGCUGCGCCUUUGGGCCAAGAGACAGCAGAAGAACUGUGGAAAGUGUUUCCAAAGUGGCUUAUCAGACAAGCUUAUGGCCUCACAGAGACGUGCGUGGUUGUCAGCUCGUCGGCCGAUUUCGAUAUCUGGUUGGGAUCCUCUGGCUCUCUAAUCACCGGUGUGGAAGGCCGACUUGUCACCUUGGAAAACAAAGAGAUCAGAGAACAUGACCAGAAACAGGGUUAG